AUGUCGUCAUCGUGGGUGGUGGAUGUCGACUGCCCUGAGCCGCAGGCGAACAUGGAGGGAUGGGUGAUGGACAUGGAGAAGCAGCUGGAGGACGCGGAGCCGCCGGCAAAGGUGCUGAGAUGGCCGAAGCACGGCAUCUUCCGCGUCCCGCUGCGCUUCAAGAUGAAGACGGUUGAUGGCAUGUAUUUUCUUUACGGGAAAAUGAGCAAGCUGACCCUUGGAGAAGGUGGCCGACGAGCUGGAGGAUGCCUACAUGGACCUGAGCUCAAGUUCCUCGAAAGGGAAGAUGCCCCGGAAGGGACCGGCUUGGGACUCCACCCUCUUGACAUCUAUCGGACGAGCCGACUCAAGGGCACAAGUCAGAUCAAGAGUAACAGAAAGGUUCUUCACAGAGGCAUGCCGACGACACCGACAUCAAAGGACGUCAGCGUCGUUCGCCCGGAGAGUGUGGUGCCCCGAUCCGCCUGGAAGCUGUCGGAGGCAGGAAUCCAGUUCCUGCCUAGCAAGACGAGCUGCCUCGACGACAUAGAGCUCUACAUGCCCAAGGUCGAGAUGGACGACUCCACCACCUACAGGAUCCACAACAUGAUGGCGUUCGAGGCGAUGCACGUCGGCACUGGCAAUGACGUGACGGCAUACGUGUUGUUCGUCAAGGACCUCAUCAACUCUGCCGACGACGUGCAACUACUGGAGAGGAAGGGGAUCCUGGAGCACGACCUCGCUGACGACGACAAUGCUGUGGUGAGGCUCUUCAACAGCCUCACCAGAGACGUCUCCAAGAAUUGGAAGAGUCAGCCGUGCCAGGUGAGUCAGGGCGUGGAUCACCAUUACCGCAACAACCAUUUGCGUGUGUUUCUCUACGGGGCGUGGUCAAACCUGAGGAACAAGUACUUCAAGAGCCUGUGGACACUCCUCGCCCUUGUCACCGCAAUCCUGCUCGUCGUUGGAGAUAUCCUAUGAUCCUAACGAGAAGGGCAAGCCCAAAAUGAAUUAACCUGAUAAUUUUUUUUUUGCAAGGAAUAAAAAGUGGAAGAGAAGUUGAAGAAUUGUGCACAACUCAAGAAAAUAUCUCUCUCUCCCUCUUUCUCUCCCAUCGUGUGUUUGAAAUGCCAAAUAAUGUAUAUUUAUGUGUGUGUUUUCUUUUUUUUUUUGAAAAGAAUCGAGCAAUGCACACAAUCAUUUGUUUAAUCAAACAUAGUGUAAAAAUCGAGUACCAUCUCAAGUAUGUGAACAAAAGUGAAAAAGUAUAAAAGCCGCCAUAACCGAUAAAAAUAGGACACAAUACCUAAAAACACCAAUGCAUCGUGAUGAUGUAAAGGUUGGGGGCACUCCUCUUUUCAAACAAAGAAACGUAUUGCUAUCUGGUGGACCACUAGUACGGUUCAUGUAUAAUGCAUUGGUUAAAAAAUGGAUCCACGUGUGAUAGUUUCAUAUCUAACGAGUGCUUGAACAGAAACAUCUUGCACCACAAAAAAAUUCCGACUUUUUUGAACUUAUUUUAUUUCAAAUUGGGGUACUGUUCACCGGGCUCAACUGAGCCCGGGCUCUGCCUUGAAUUAUCAAUAAACAAAAGCUUGUUCACAAAAUGCUCAAGUACUAUAUAGCCGGAACAUUAGCUUUUCCACAUCGAAACAUGGGAGGCACUGAACAUGCAACUUCCAUCACAUAAAAAGGCUCAAGUGGUCAAGCAGACUUAGUGGAAGAUUGAUGUAACAGAGAGCAACACAGGUUAACUGAGACCAGCAGCAUGGAACUCGAGUAAUCCCACUAAGCAUGCUAGUGUUUCAGACUAGCUAAGCAUGCUACUGUUUCAUAUUAGCUACUGGUUCAAACAAUGCUGCUUGCAAAAUCAAAGACCAUAAGUUAAAAAAUUAGCCAUUGGUUCAGACUUAUGUUGCUUUAUCGAUACAUCAGACUUACUAAAUAUAUAACUUAAGCUCUUACACCUUUUCUCCAUUAGACCACCCUGCUUGGACCUGCACAUUAAAAAUGUUGCGUAACCAAGUUAUCAGACCAAAGUGGG